UCCUACCCCUAUAAAAACAAUUCCUUUUCCACCAAAUGAAACAACAACAACACACACAAAACACUAAUUUCCACACCUCAUGUCUCCUCUCUCCCCCUUCAUCAUCUUCUUCUUCGUCUUCCUCUCCACUCUCCCCACACUUACCCAACCUUACAAUAAUUCCAACUCCAUCUCCUCCCUCAUCUACAAAACCUGCAAAAUCUCUUCUCUCCAAGACCCCAACAUCUCCUUCAACUUCUGCCUCACUUCUCUCCAAUCCGCCGCCCACGCCCACCAGGCCGAUCUCCGCCACCUCGGCCUCCUCUCCCUCCGCCUCCUCCGCCGCAACGUCACCACCACGCGCCGCCACAUCAAGAAGCUACUCAGAAGAAAAAGCAACAAGAUCAGGCUGGACCCCUUCAUCAAGUCGUGUUUGGACGAUUGCUUGGAGCUUUAUUCCGAUGACAUCCCAACGCUGAAGCGAGCCCGGAGAGAUUACCGGGCUGGCCGAUACGCCGAGGCGAACUCCGAGAUCAGCUCGGUGAUGGAUGACUCUGUUACUUGUGAAGAUGGGUUCAAGGAGGAAGAAGGAGUGGUUUCGCCAUUGACGAGUAGAAAUCAUAAUGCCUUUGAAUUGUCAGCUAUUGCACUCUCCAUUAUYAAUAUGCUUGCUUGAGAGUGGAAAAAAUACUUACUUUUAAUUUACAUUUUCUUGUCAUAUUUUGUAUUAUAUAUACCUUGUUUCACAAAGSAUAUUAUA